AUGGACACCCACCAUGUGAACCUGAAUUUUUUCCCUUACAAUGAGGAAGAAGAAAGGGCAAGCAUAGCGAGUAAUUUCAACCUGCACUGCUCGCGCGAGCUGCUUAAACAGUUAAUGCUAAAUGAAAAUGACAACGUUAUUGUGUGCCGCACGAAGGGGGGGAGGAAGGCAUAUGUCUGCUGCUGCGUGAAGGGGUGUGCUGAGCUGAACUUGAAAAGGCAGACAAAGUGGAAUGACGUCUUUGCGAAUGCGUUUGUGUUGAGCAGUUUGAAGAUUGGCGCGUCGAGCGAAAGUGAGGAGGGUGAGGAGGGUGAGGAGGAGGAUGGCGAAAACGGGCAUGCCAGCGGGGGGGGCAAGAAGCAAUCUCGCAAGAAGCAAUCGCACAGUAAGCAAUCUCGCAAAGAGCAACUUCACAAUAAACACCCCAACGUGCGCGUCCAAAUGAGGAAGGCGGAGCUGUACACCCCCAUCAAACGAAUAAAACUCGGGGUGCAGGAAAUAACCAGCGAACCGUAUGAAAACCUGAAGGACUACUACCAUGACGAACAUAGUAGCUACAUGUUGCAGUCCUUUUGGAGUAACCUAAAAAGCAAGAACAUGGAGAGGUACAUAAAUCUGUCCUUGUUAAAUACUUGCUUGUUUUCGGGAAACUGCCUCAAAAUUUCUGUGCUGGGUGUGCACACCCGCUUGGUCGUCACCGAGCUGGGCGUCCAAAUGAAAGAGAAGCAACCCUGGGAUGUGGCUCCGCUCGGUAAGGAUUUCCGCGUCCCCUACGUGAGUCAGAGUAGCAGGAUUGUCGUGGAGAGGGUGGCCGCGGCUCGCUCGGGGGGUGCAGCCAUGGGGGGAAGAAGCGAUGAGAGAAGCGAUGAGGGAAGAGAUGACAACGGUGAUGACGCCGCGAGGGGUGCCCACCCCGGGGGAAACGGAACCAAAGAAGGGCCCGAUGAAGAGCCCGAUCAAGGCACCCCCCCCCGUGAUAGCACCAAAAAGGGAAAAGAAAAAAAUUACCUGAAAAAUACGGAAAGCCGAAAAAAGAAGGGACUGAAAAAAAUAGGGGGGUACAACAAAAUUAAGGACGAAAUUUACUACUACAUUUUACUGCCUCUGAUUUAUAAAAAGGUAUAUGACGAAUUCCACAUCGACAUAAACAGAGGCAUUUUGCUGCACGGACCUCCCGGGUGUGGAAAGACCUUCAUCGCUUUGGCAAUCAAGGAGGAGUUACAACAACUGAGGAGGAAGUUAUCAAACGUAAAGUUAAAAAAUAAAAUGAGUCUCCUGAUUGGGUCAAAAGAGGAGGACGCACCAGAGCAAUGCAGAGAGGGACAAAUGGGCUGUCACAACGAAAGUGGGCAGUUAGUUGAUGACCAUCUGAAGGAAGACCUCAUCCUGCCCGAAAUGGAAAUCUUAAAAAGCACAGAUCUAAUCGAUAACAAUAACAGCGGGUCGAAGAUUAAUGAGCUUUUUUUAAGAUGCUACAAGAGGUACAAAGAAGAAAACAAAUGCUCCAUCGUGUUCAUUGACGAAAUUGAAAUUCUCUGUGAGAAGAGAGAAAACGCAAACAUAAAUUUGUACACUUCUUCUUUGCUUAACAAUAUGGAUGGAAUAAAGAAGAAUACACACACCAUUUUGAUAGGGGCAACGAACUACAUUAACCAAAUGGACUUAGCCUUGAGGAGAAGUGGUAGGUUUGACAAAGAUAUCGAGAUAAAUGUACCCAACUUGAAGGACCGAAUUGCCAUUUUUAAGAAGAAGCUAAACAGAAUCCACCACAACAUAAGUGGGAAGCAAAUCAAAGAAAUUGCUGACUUGUGCCAGUCCUUCACUUGCUCGGACAUCAACGCGCUAAUCAACGUCUCCAUGUACAUGUAUUUGAGGGAAAAUCGCGUUGUGUCUCGCAGGGCGUUUAGGGGCGCCUUGCGGGGAGCGAGCAGCGGGGAGGGAGAAAAGAAAGGGGGGGAAGUAAGGCAAAAAGGAGGGGGAGAAGAGGGGGAAGAACCGGGACAGCAACGCGCUGAAAAGUCGGGACAACAUACCGCCGCAAAACCGGGACAACAUACCGCCGCAAAACCGGGACAACAUACCGCCGCAAAACCGGGACAACAUACCGCCGCAAAACCGGGACAACAUACCGCUGAAAAACCCGGACAACCUACCGCGGAAGCGAAGGCAACCCAGGAAGCAGUCCCACGGGGGAAAGGCCGGCAGCCCGGAUCGCCCCCCAAACCAGGCGAACCGGCGCACCUUCUCAAGUACAAACACCUGCUGAAGGGGCUAAAAUAUGUGAAGCCGUCCGGCAUGAAAGAACUCUACGUAGAUAUCCCCAAGACGAGAAUCAAAGACAUCGGGGGCUACCAAUUUGUGAAGAGGUGCAUUAAGGAGUGCCUAAUAUACCCAAAAAAAUACAAACAGGUGUACGAAAAAUAUAACAUACAGAGCCCCAAGGGAAUACUGCUCUAUGGCCCCCCAGGGUGUUCCAAAACUUUGUUCGCAAAAGCCAUAGCUAGCGAAAUAAACAUGAAUUUCAUCAGUGUUAAGGGGCCAGAAAUUUUCUCUAAAUAUGUUGGAGAAUCCGAAAAGACAAUUAGAAAUAUAUUUAAGAAAGCUCGGGAGAACAACCCCUGUGUAAUUUUCUUUGACGAAAUUGACUCCAUCGCGGUGAGCAGAAAUCUGAACCAAAAUUUCGUCACCAACAGGGUGCUCUGUCAACUGCUAAACGAAAUUGAUGGAAUUUACAACCGUGUAGAUGUAAUCAUUUUGGCGGCCACCAACCGACCUGAUCUUAUCGAUCCCGCUUUGUUAAGGCCGGGGAGAUUCGAUCGAAUUAUUUAUGUGCCCCUCCCAAAUUAUAAGUCCAGAUUAUCUAUUCUUAGGAAGACUCUAAAGUUUUACAAAAUUAAUAAUAUGAUAAAUGGGCUGCGGGGAAAUGACCCCCCAAGUAGUUCCUACGUGGGGACGACCAACGAGGAAAGGGACCUUUCAUCAGAUGGGAGAGCAAUCGAAUCGUGUGGGAAUCCCUCCCUAGACACGGCCAAAAUGCGCACAGUGGGAAAACCCCAACUGGAGAACGAAAAACAUUAUGUUGAUUGUAACGCGGAUUCGUGUGGCCCCGUGAAUGCCCUGCUGGAGGAAGAGGAAGCGCCAAAGCGGGUCGAUCUCUCUAUAUGUGAAAAAGGUGGGGGAAAUGCCAAAACGGUAAAUGAAGAACAAUUUACAGGGGGGGCAAACGACGGCGAUCAUGUGCAGGGGGACCGCCAAAGGGAACCCCCACCCCCUCAUGAUAACAAUUUCACACAGCUGUGCCGAUUUUUGGCCAAGAGCACAAAAAAGUAUAGCGGGGCCGAAAUUGUAAACAUUUGCAGAGAAGCAUCCAUAUGCGCAUUAAGAGAGACUCUGAAAAAGUGUAGAAAUGAAAAACAAAUGCGGAGGGGAGCCUUCCCCAGAAGUUCUCUGGUCGGUCUCAGCAAAGAGCAUUUUGUGAAGGUCUUAAAAAAAAUUAAACCGCAAACAUCCGACAAGCUUAUAAAUUUCUAUAAAAGGUAUAACGAACAAAAAAAAGGGUAACUGGAGGGAAAAAAAAAAGGUGGUGAGGAGGAGAAGAAAAAGAAUAAGAUGAAGAGGGAGAAGGCGCGCAAAAGAAAGCGAUCCUCCCCACCUUUGCACACACUCAUAGCAAUCGCUUUUAAAAAAACACCCGAUGAGAUAAAAGGGAGGCAUCCCACAUUAAGGAAUUGCCCCCCUUUUUUCUCUUCCUAUUUUCAUUGUGCAAUUUGAUGCCUCUACUCCGUCUACAACCUGUUUGAACUUAACAACUUCGCAAUUUGUUUUUGUUCCUCCGGGUGUGUUUUCAUACGCGCAAUUGUGGCCACAGAGGCUCCUCCCCCCCUCUGUGCGCAGCUAACAUUUGCGGAAAUGGGGGGUGGGCACGGACGCUCCCUUCAUGUUACGACGCAUAGAAUUAUCCCAACCUGGGCGACAUUUCCAACACCCACGUGCGCAAAGCCCUUUGAUUGCUUCGCAACAGCAGAGUGAUGGCAUGCCAGCGCGACGUCGCCCACAGCAUUAUUGAGUGAAUCGAUGCUCCACCGCCAUGCUGCUUCACCGCUGCU